AAUGGGGAAUGGAUGGCAGUUCUGGCCACAGUCGAUAUAAGCAAAAAUUCUCCGCGGAAGACCUCUCAGAUGAAUUUAUUUUCGUAAUUGCUUUGUUACCACUUAAGCUCAUCGAUUCCUCAUCAGGUAAUGAAAUAUGGGUCAACCGAACUCCCUCUUCUACGCUGUUCUGUAGACCAGUGAAAUUCGUUUAUACGAAAGAAGGAAAGGCGGUAAUUCAUUCAGAAUAUAAUAAAAUAAUUCAGAUGAUUAAUGAUUUGGAAUGUGAUAUUUUUAAAAAUAAGAAGGGAAUUGCUGAAGUUUCCUACAUCAUGGAUUGCACUAUGAUUGACGGUGCAGUAGCUAAUGUUUUAACAAACACCAAUUCCUCAAGCAGAUGUUUCAUAUGUCAUGCAAGCCCAACAGAAAUGAAUAAUAUUGAACAAAACAAAAUACCAAAUCCAGAUCAUUAUAAAUUUGGGUUAUCAACCCUCCAUUGCUGGAUUCGAUUCUUUGAAUGUCUAUUACACAUAGCCUACCGUCUGCCUUUUAAGACAUGGCAAGUCAGAAUGGAAAAUAAGGCUAAAUUUAUUGAAACUAAAGCCCGUAUCCAAAAAGAGUUCAAAAUUAAAACAGGUUUGAUAAUUGACCAAGUCAAGCAAGGGUUUGGAACAACAAAUGAUGGAAACACAGCUCGACGUUUUUUUUGA